AUUUACUUGAACUAUUCUUCCUCUUGCACGACAAAGAUACCCCUAGCGCGGUAAAACACGGUACUCUCCCUCGGCGCGCGUCUUCACACAUACACAACUGCGACUUCCCAUCCGGCUAAGCAGCUGCCCGCCCCACUCGCUUCUACCACCUGACGAACCCCCACUGGACGAGCACACGAGCUCCUCCUUCGCGUCACCCUCCACCCAACAUGUCGGCCGAAUUGGAUAUUGACUUCACACGCCGGAACAAGAAGCCGCGCCCGCUAUCUGAGCAUGAGAAAGAGAAGCUGGAUGAAUUUAUCGACGCGAUCCAUUACUCGGCAAGAUACUCGGACGACGCAUACGAAUACCGUCAUGUACAGCUCCCCAAGCAAAUGCUGAAAGCUAUCCCAAAAGAUUACUUCGACGGCGCUAGAGGCACAUUGAAGCUGCUAUGGGAAGAGGAAUGGCGGGCACUGGGAAUCACACAGAGUCUGGGAUGGGAGCACUACGAAGUCCAUGAGCCAGAACCACACAUCUUGCUCUUCAAGCGACCGAUCAACUACCAGCCUCCUAUGCACUGAUCCUGAUAUCGCACCA